AUGACAGCACAGCUCUUAGCGUCUGAGUUGGGAAACCUGAUCCAGGAUUCGAAGCGGAAGAACUCCGAACUGAGGAAUGCUGCUGAGAAGUCCUUACAAGAUCUCAAAUCUUUGCCUGUGACCUCAGAAGCACAGCUCACAGCUGAUCUCUCACGGAGACCCCAUUUCAUUACACCAUUCCUGAUUGCAUGUGCCACCCACAAUGCCAAAUUUGCUUUCACUGGUGUAGGCUGCCUGCAAAGGCUCAGUAUUUCUCGUGCAUUACCAAAAGAGCGAUUGACUGAGGUUUUGGAGGCGUUGCGGGAUUCAGUUUCGUUGAGCCAGGAUGUACAGCUCAGGAUACUCCAAGCUCUUCCAGCAUUACUUCAGAACUACCCAAAUGAAAUCCGUGGCGAGGCAUUGUCGAUAACAUUGCAAAUCUGCUCUGCUUUGCAAAAUGUGAAAAACUUUGCCAUCAGCAAUACCGCAGCAGCGACAUUACAGCAGCUUGUUAUCGCUGUCUUCGACAGAGUAGCCCUGGAAGAUGAACGGGCUCUGGAGAUACCUACGACUGCAGAAGUUUCGAUUGAUGGAGAAGCCAUUGCUGUGAGGCCAAGUGCUCACGAUGCGUACAAGGUGUUUAACGAUCUGAACCUUCUUGUUACAGGUGAAAAGCCUAUGUACAUUCGAUUUUCUUCCUUGCCAUCGACAUCAACGCUGGAGCUAAUCGAAGCGAUCCUGGGAAAUCAUGGUGCUGUUGUGUCUUCACAUCCAGAGCAGAUUCAUAUCCUCAGAACCUUGCUCAUGCCUAUGAUAAUACGGUCGUUAUCGGAAAGAUUAUCGUUCCCGAUCACACUCCGCAUCAUUCGAAUACUCAAUUUGCUUAUACGAGGCCACCUGUCCGUCCUGCCAUCGGAAUGUGAGAUUGCUCUUGGGUUACUGAAUCACAUGCUUGAUCCCGAAGCAUCCCCUUUGUGGAAGCGAGCGCUGUGUUUGGAGGUUUUCCGUGGUAUCUAUUCGGACUCCCGGCUCGUGCUCCAGAUUUACAACCAAUUUGACGAACAAGAAGGCAAGAAACGUAUCUUUGGGGAUAAUCUGGCAUCUUUUGUGAGGCUUGCGACGGAGAAGCCUGCCCUCAUCGGGCUCGGACAGCAAUCAACCGCACCCAGCGGCCAUCUCGACGGUCGGGAUCAUGGUUCAGAUCAAGCGGUUGCGGGGGCAGAUGCUCUCGCUGGCGUUAUUGGUGCGCCCGCCACUGAAUCAAAUCCCACAGGACCAGUCACAGGAAUCAGCACACAAUGGAGUUCGAUGAAAACCCCAUGCAUGGAGAACCUUGAUAAGUCUGAACCUCCGACGUUGCCGGAGACCUAUGUUUAUAGCUUGGUGCUCACCUGUAUCACGAAUGUGUCGGAAAGCCUUGCAAAAUUUAUCCUGCCUUUGACUGUGCAUCACGAGUCCAAGGGGAGGAAGAAGGCCAAGCCGGAUGAGAGAUCAAGAGCAGACUCCGAGAGCACUGAUCAACCCACGGGACAGACACAGCUCACCAGAACCCAAUCUUACCGCAGGAAAACCAUUCCUGUCAAUCCUUUGACACUGACCGAUCACUCUGCACAUAUCUUUAUUCAAACCUCAUCGACAUUGGUGACAGAGUGUUGGCCUGCCGUUCUCGCCACUUGUUCAACCUUUCUCAACGCUGCUCUUGACACAGACUUUUACAGGGCUCUCGUCCGCGCAAUCCAGAAGUUCACCCAAGUCGCCGGCCUCUUGAGGCUAUCAACACCUCGAGAUGCAUUCCUCACAACUCUCGGCAAAGCCGCAGUUCCAUCACACCUUCUCAUCGCAAAUACCACUUCACCCAAAUCAACAAUGAGCGAGACGCCAUCGAUCUAUUCCAAUGCAAAAGGCUUGCUUAGUGUCGAUAGCCUAGUAAGCCAAUCGUCAAUGUCCGUGGACAAAAGACGCCCCUCUCACGAUGUGACUACACCUGCACUAGGGCCUAGAAACCUCUUGUGUUUACGUGCACUUCUCAACCUGGCUAUUGCGCUGGGCCCUACUCUACAUUCCGCAUGGUCGAUUGUUUUCGAGACCUUGCAAGCAGCCGAUCUUGUCAUGGCACUGUCAAAUCCUCAAAGUGGUUUGCGAACAGCUACACCUGUCAUGAGUCGUCCGGAUGCAGAAUCUUCAGAAAAGGUCGAAGCUGAGACAGCUGCUGUGCAAGCAGCUGCUCGGAGGCUUUUCGAGAGCACUGUAGACUACCCCAAUGAUUCAUUUGUAGAGCUUUUAAAGCCGCUAUGCGCACUACUGGGCGCUGGCAGUCCACCUGCUAGUGGCUCAGUGACGCCAACGAAUGGACCGCGCCCAAAGAUCAUGCAUCAGCGCCGUUUAGGCAGCGUAUCAGCCUUGUCUCUCAAUACCGAGUCGAAUGCACGAGAUUCAAUGUUCGCUCUCAACAAGAUUGGAGAGCUGGCAUCUCUCAAUGAACUUAGACUUGCACAAUAUGAUCCUGACGAGAGUGGAUGGAAUCAUUUUGUCACCAGCCUUGUUCGAUUUUCGGUCACAAAAUCUAAACCCUCCUCGACUCGAUUGUUAGCCGCGGAUAUCGUUGCAAGAUCCGUUAAAGAGAUUGCUGAUAUCUCGAUGUCAGAAGAAAACCGAAACGAUAUCCAAGGACGGAUAUUGUCUGCGCUCAAGGACAUUAUCGCAUCACUACAUGGAUUAGAGGGAAAUGACCACGCCUAUGAUGACACCGAUGUCAAAAUCCACCACAUUGUUUUGGAAGCAUUGAAAAAUGUCAUCGAGCAAUGUGGAGAGUCGCUUGUCGCAGGCUGGGAAUCGGUCUUCGAUAGCCUGGCCAGCGUUUUCUCAGAUGGAUCUGACCCGCUGGUUGGCAAAGAUGGCACAGUUGCGGCUUCGAAUGAUGACAAUCAAGCAGUCCAGGUCAUAUCCAAGAUGUUGGCCCGAUCAGCUUUUGGUACUGUCCAACUCGUCUGCUCGGAUUUCUUAUCGGCGGUGCCAGAUACCUCGUUCGCAACCCUCCUCGAGUUGCUGCUGAAAUUCAGCCGACAGCAGGAUGACUUGAACAUGUCUCUGACUACAAUAACAUUCUUCUGGAAUGUGUCAGAUUUCUUCCACUCUCGGACGAGCCUCUCUCGACUCCCAGAGUUGAUCAACAAGGCCCAGAAUCCCGAUGAUAUUCGAAGAGAAAUUCACGAACAGUCUCGCGCAGGGUGCAUCUCUGUUUUAUGGCUUCAAGUCCUCACAUACCUGUCUGCCGUCACGACAGACAAACGUUCCGAACUACGCAAUUCCGCUGUUCAGACUAUCCAGAGAAUCUUCGAAAACUGUGGUGACCAGCUGUCAUCUGAUGCGUGGAUGUUGUGCCUGCGUACAGUUCUCUUUGGUAUGGUAGAGGCAAACUUGGCCGUACACAAAAACAUCCACUCUGAAUCACAGAUCGAAUCCGAGGACGUCGCCGCUUGGAACGAGACUACUAAGACGGUGUUAUCUUCUGCUAGUGUUUUGAUAGCCACAUACGUCGAGAACGUCGGAAAUGCGCCUGGUCUCGCUGCUGUCUGGUCGGAUUUGUUAGACUACCUGCAGAAAUACUUCGACUAUGGCUCACAUGCUCUCGGGUCAUCUGUUUUUACUUCCAUUACGAGCGUUCUUACGAAGACUGGAGAUCCCAACUUACUGGGCGCUUCUUCCCUCCACAAGACAGCCAAAGUCUGGGACGCGUACUUUGAUCACCGCGAUCUGUGGACGUUCAGGAGGGAACCCAAUCAAGAAGCUUUCGUGGCAUAUACGGAGGCGUUCAGAGCUAUAUAUAAGCUUUCAAAAACGUCACUGGAUCCACGAAUCCCUUCUAUGCUUGGGAAUCUUGAAAUUGCUAUUAUGGACUCUGAUGAAGCCGCGUACUCUUCAGAUCUCGACCAUCUGACACCAUUGCAAGCUCGGGUCAUUGAUUGUCUGACUGACAUCGACACAGACGGCGAAGACCUAUCUAGGUUCUUUAUCGAGCUACUGGGACGUUUCACCAUACUCCCUUAUGAAUCUAUUGCAAGGGAACCUGCAAAGCGCGGCCCCACCUUUGUCGCGUUCUCGAAAGCUUCCAUGAAGCUGCUAGAGUCCAUCACAGUAAAACACAUAAGCCAAGAGACGAUAUACACAAGUGGCGCGUAUUACUUCGCACUACGCAGCCUCGCAAAACCGAUCCAAGAGAAAUACGUUUGGGCACGGGAAGGCAAAUCGCCAACAAUGUGGCAAACCGCCACUUCAACGUCAUUAGCAAUCCUUAAAAAGGGGUUGCCUUAUGUCCAAAAGAUCCAGGGCGAAGUUGGCAAAGAUAUAUGGAGCGCCAUUGUUAGCAUUGCAAGCGGCAUAAUUGGGGCAAGACUAUCUACAGACUCUCCGGUUGGAUCUGUCGCUAAAGAUGAAUUGUUCGACAUCUCCUCGUUCAAUGAGUUACGUGAUCUGGUCACAAAAUCCCUGGGCACCUCUGUGGUGUCAGAUGGAAUUAGACGGACAUAUACGCGGCAUCUCUUUGAGACGUCUGUUAUACAUGCACCCGCGCCAGGGGAGUUACCGAACCUGGCCAGUUCACCCCUUGAGGACCUCUAUCAGAUUCGCUAUGGAAGUACGUCUGAUCCCGAUCCUGUUCUCCGGGACAAUAUGGCAUAUCUCUGCCUGUCGGAGCUUUUCUCACUCGUAUCUGUGAGAGACAGCUCUACCGAGUGUAUCAAGCUUGCGCAGGCUGCUGCCCCAUUCCUUAUACUGCGCGCUGCUUUGACUCUCAAAGCAUACAUUGCAGACCAUCCCCUCAGGGGAAGAAUGCCGCAGCCAGAAUCCCAAAGGAAAGAGCUUCUAUUUGUUCUAAAGAAGCUGGCAACUCUGGAUUGUGAACCCCAAUCCAUUCCAGAUGCACCAGGCGCUACUUCGAAACAUAAGAAGCACCUACAUAGGCUGUACCCGCUCUUGGUUAAGGCUAGCUCAGUUGCAAGGAAUGAUGGUGAGGUCUUCAGAGCCCUCACAAACUUGACAGAAAUUGUUGGGGUGGAGUUUGGGGUUGAUGACGAUUGAGGUCGAACCCUUAACAUGUGAUGGAAUUGCUGUAGGUUGAGAUGACAUAUUGGUCGUGAUGGCUUCCCACAAAGACUUAAGUCAUAGAAGAUAUCUCCACUAUCGAUGCAAUGGUUGUGAGAUCAUCAUACUUAAUAAUAGGAUAAUUCAAAUCGGCUGCUAAC